AUGGUUGUUGUCCGGCAGAAAGGUCUUCUCUGUUUACUCGUCCUUAGCGCAUUUAUUACCAUUGGGGUAACAGGUCGUUUUCCAGGAAACGAGAGCAAUUCAUUACUUGAUCCGGUUUUUCUUAGUGAUGGCAACGAGAAAUUAAUCGGGGAAGCUAUUGACAGGGCCAUUGUACAAAAACAAAUAAGACAAGAAUGGGAACACUGGAAAAAGAAGCGGAUUACAGAAACACCAUCUAUCGGGAAUAAACCWAAAGAAAUCAGRUUUGAUKCUACGAAGAAUACCAAACUCAAAGAUAUUUUUCAUUAUUUGCAGCACUUUCCACUGCUAGAGAUUUACCCUGUUAAAUACACUAUACCUGUGGAUGGGAAAGAAGUUAAGCUAUUACUAACACAUGACACGAGAUCGGGCAGUUUUAACAAGUUUAGAGCCAAAUACCUGUAUCCAGAUCCUUCCGACCCAACAGGGCAAAGGGAACUACAAACUGACCUAGUCAAUCCGAAAGACAUCAUGCAAGAACUCAUUUCAAGUACGAAAGAYCAUGUAGAGCUGAGAAAUGCUAUUCAAUCUGCCAUUCCUGAAAUUUUAAAGCAGGGUAUCAAAGACAAAGACACUUUCAAAGACAAAUUGGAAGCUGAAAUCAAGAAAACGCAAGCCCAACAAGGUAAAAAACCUCACAUAUCAGRUGACAUCAGGACCAAGGCAUUCCGUCAUGCACUGGAAGCUAUGAUGUGUACCUCUGUGAUGAGAAGGCAACCAGAAACCUGGAUUUCAGARGUCAAUAAGAAAAUUCAAGCGACAAAUAAUGAUAUUUCAAUCAAAGMAGAAGUAAAAAAUCAAUGGGCGGAUUGGAAGACGAAUGGAUUGUUUACUGAAGUGGCUGCCACAGGUUCUGAUCCAAAAAUUGUUAUAUUUAAGAAAGGCUCAAAAGUCAGCGUCAACGAAAUCUUCCACAGCUUGCAGUAUUUCACUGAUCUCGAAGCAAUUCCAGAACGUACAAAAUAUUCUAUUCCAAUAGAUGGUAAGCGUUUCGWAUUGGAACUGGCACCAGAUGGCUCUGGAGGCUUUACCGCGAAUAGCAUGCGUAGAGAUCCUAACAAUAWUCAGAAUGAACACUCAACUGAUCUCUCCAAAAUAAAGCCUAUCGUGGAUGCUCUCGAUUACAAUACUGGCAAACAUUUUGAAAUUCAAGUUGCAAUURMAAGCUCAUUUAAUCGUAUAUUCAAUUUUCCCGAAAACCAUGUUMAUUGGAGGAAAAAUAACUUCGAACACGUUCUGUCCGAACAAACGGCCAUAUCAAGAGUCACAAUUCCAAGAGAYGARCAGAAAAGAUCUUUUCGGGAAGCAGUAGAGCUGGUUGCAGCAUCUACUAUCCUUAAGAAGAAKMUGCCAACAGGUCAUUUUAUUGAAAAAAUGGUUGAUGAAAAAAUAAAACCUGWAAUGAAAAAGAUUGACGAAAAAUUUAAAGCGGAGUCUGUGAAGAAGACAUGGAAAGGUCUGAAAUCAAAAGCAUUCAKUGAAGAUUCGACUAAAAUCCCMAAAACUGUGACUUUUAAAGACGACGCGGAUAUAUCUGUAAAAGAAAUUUUCCAAUAYUUGCGAUACUUUCCACAUCUUGAGAAUGCUCCUGUGAUUUAUAAAAUUCCUGUUGAUGGACAAGAAAUAAAUCUAAAAUUAGAGCCUGAUGGUACUGGAAAGUUUACAGCAAAAUAUAUUCAUCAAGAUCAAAAUGGAAAGACUCUUGAAACAGACCUCUCUAAACCCGAUGACUUUAUUCAUGAUCUUAUUUCUAGCACCGAACCAAGAAAAGARUUAAGGGAAGCACUUGAAUCRGCUUUGCCGAAAAUUUUWWAAAAAAAUYUAAAGAGCAAAGACACUUUCAAUAACGCAGUAAAAAAGAAAAUUGGUACUGGUCAAAUUCCAGACGACGUAAAGAACAAGGCAUUUAGACAGUCAAUGGAAACUAUGGCUUCUUCAGUGAUCUUGGGAAAUGAGCCAGAAACUUGGAUUAAUGRUUUGAAUAAAGAAAUGGAAAAAACAAGAAAUGAAGUGGAAGAUGCAUUUAAUGAGAGGAUCAAGAACAACCAAAAUACACUGUUAAAAUUCGAAUUAGCAGCAAGUACGUUGAGGACUACAGAAGAAGCAAARGCAAAAUGGGCAUACUUAGUAGCCGAAGGCUUUAUASAGGAAAAGUUUGAUUCCARUAAUAGAGUUACAGAAAUCAAAUUUAAUGAGAACGCUCCUCUUACAAUCAAGGGAACUUUUAAACUUCUGCAACACUUCAAUCAGCUGUACCCAAACCAAGGUUAUACUAAAGCACAACUAAAAAUACCAAUUGGUGGUGAGGAGCGAACUGUGUACAUAUCCAAAAGUAAUGAGGACCUAAGAGGCAAAGAGCAAGUAACUAUUGARGGAAAAAAUAWACACUGGCAAKGGACAAGARAGAUAUCAACAGACAGYAAGGGCAAGCUUAAAACAGACAACMAGYWCAUAUCWACAAGUUAUGAUGAGAUAAUUCAURAUAGGGCGUUAAAAAAUUUUCCUGAUACAAAGCAUCUUGCCGAUGUCAUGCUAGAAUCCAUACAUGGAAAACUGAAUGAGCARCCAAAUUUUGACACUAAACUUGAGAUUAAAGACAGCCGAGGUCGAAGAAAAAACACAAAGACAUUAGACACUAUAAGAGGUACUGUGGAGUUUAUGWUGAUAUCCAUGAUUGGGGAGGCCGCUCAUAUUCCAGAAUAUGUUGAAAGUKCAUUCAAAGAAAAGCUUGCYAAUAGAAUUAAGAGAAAGCGUGARUUUCCUAAAGCCARAGAWAUGCCAAGUCUUGAACAUUUAGGCAGAGACGCAGCUGGKRASACAAUCAAAGCUGGAAGAAGCCCAACUGCAGAUGAGGUGGUCAUUAAGCUAUUAAAUGAAAUGAAGUCAAGUGGAAUUCGUUUCGACCUUCARUUUSAAAGCAGUUCRRAUAAAUUUCCUUUCAUGGAUAAAGWUGGUGGUACRAAAAAGGGAAGACUUUUUUUAUUUGACAAAGGAGAUCAACCGAUACCAUCUAGUAUAGCACAGGAACGUGCUGCCACAGAUGACGUAGGAAGUACUAUGGCAAAAAGAGCAAGGAUAUCAUGCACAGGAUCAAGCAAACGAAAGAAAAGAGAUAUCUGCUCACUAGARCAAAUUGAUAAAAAUAUGAUAGUCGAUGAAAGUUCAAUCAAAGUUGAAGACACCAAAGUUGCCCUUGAUAUCGUCGAUCGUCGGGAUGCUACUAAGCGCAAACAUUUAGAAAUUAAGAUUUCCCCAGACGAGCUUGCAACGAGUAAACUUGUCAARCAAAGGCUUGCCGAGUCAAAGAGAACUGACGURAGUCAAAAAUAUGCAAAAAUCAAUAGAGGGCUGGCCGUACAUGGAAUGGUGUUUUCAGCAAUAGGAGCCAUCGAUUAUUUYAAAAGGGGAGACAAUGUUCGCGGAGGAAUUGCAGUUUCUCAAUCUCUUCAUAGCCUUGGAGGACUAACCGGUUUCAAUAAGAUAGCAUCUAGUGCUGCUAAACAGGCAUUGCGUCACUCAGCUUUCAAAAUUGCUAAAGGCUUAAAAAUGGAAAAAGGCUUAGCUCGAUUUUCAUCUAAGGUAGAGAAAUUCAUGGAAAAAGGUGUUGGACGYCUUAUGGGUGACCUUCCAGGCGUUGGUCUUGCCUUUGAUAUAUACUUUAUCAAAGAAGAUAUUGACGMAUUAUCAAMACUUGACCUAAACAACCCUGAAGAUGUUAAGAUGUUGCCUUUACGUGUCGUUGAUCUUGUCCUUGAUGUUGAUACAACAGUGUUAAAUCUCAUUGGCACAUUUUGUCCAGCAGCGGAAGUCAUAACGGAGCCACUUAUAAUUGUUCUCUCAAUYGUUCGAAUGGCUAUUGACGACUUUUACGUUGACAUUAUGGAAGAGAUGGAUAAGGUCAAUUGGAACAGUCCUUGGGCUGGUUUUGAGUUUAUUGGAGCUUUGUUUAAAGGAAUUAUUGAAGGAGCUGUUGACUUUUUAACUGGUGGUCUAAGAAAACAAAUGGAAAACUACUCCAAACAAGAAAAACAAGAUCAAAAAUUCAUUUCAUCCUUGAAAGAYGUCACAAACUAUUUUACAAUUACGGGCAAUAAAGCAAAUCAAAAAACAAUUGACUUUACUAAAGGAAAAUUGGCACAGUUUGGUGGAUUUAUCAAUUUUAGAUUAAACAACGAUGGCACUGCUCAUCUUGAAGUUGGCGAUGUAACUGGAAAGCAUGAAACAAUCAAAAGGACAUUUAAAAUAGGGGAUGAUGUCAAUGACAUUGUUCUCGGCAUCGGGGAAUCGCGGAAGUUUGUGUACGAAACAAAAACCGCAAAACUGUGGAUGUUUAUUCCAGUAAAAAACUAUAARGUUAUCAAGGGUGCAGAUCUCCGAGCUUCCUCGCUGUAUGGUAUAUACUAUGGGAAUGAYGARAGCAAUAAAUUUUAUGCUGUACAAGGUAAUCACACGGAAAAAGRAAAUGAUCAAAUUCAGCAAGACUAUGGCAAAUUCAACAUUAAUUUUGCUACCGGUCACUACCAUUACGACCUAUAUGGUCGUGGUGGAUCUGAUACCUUUUUCCUUGGACCACAACUUUCUCACGUUACUGGAGGACUUGGUAGGGACGUCUACAUUGUUCAGUCUUAUGGCGGAAACACUGUCAUUGAUAACUUUUCCGAAGAUAAAGAAAGGGAUAUGGUUAUCAUAAAUGUUCAAUUUAAGGAAAUAAGCUGCCAUAAGAAUAAUGUAGAUCUGCAUAUCUUAUAUAAGAAAACCCAUCAUAUCCGUAUCACUAACUGGUUUGUACCUGGAAGUCCCAMAUACUAUAGGCACAUAUCAUUCAAGAGCAUUGACGGAAUAAUAUUUUUAGCUAAAGAUUAUCUAUCGGAAGUCAAAUGURCUCCAAUAGCAAUAGAAAAGUCAGGCAAAACUAACGGAGAAGACAUUUCUUUAGAGCAGAAAGACUUCUURCAAGUUAAACAGGUUGUUGGCACACAAGGCGAUGACACAAUUCAUGGAAAUGACCUCAAUAAUAUCUUAGACGGUGGAAAAGGUGAYGACCWCUUGAUGGGCGGAAGAAAUGAAGAUACCUACAUCAUUAGAGCGAMUGAGGGGUGUGACAGAAUCAACAAUAAUGCGGACGAUUACAAGACAACAACUGAUGUUAUUGUAUUCGACGUUCCUUAUGAAAGAAUUGCCCUCAAAAUAUCUGGAAACGAYCUUCUAGUUUUCGACACCAAUGCACAAUUUAAAAGAUCAUCGUGCUUUACCAUCGAAAAAUGGAUGCUGGGAGAACAAUACCGACACCUGAUCUUGACGUCAUCGGAUCAUGUUGUGUUCAARAUCAAGCAGGAAAAAAAUAAGCAUACAAARUUUCCCAUGGUGCUUGAUUAUUCUAGUUCCCCCAAGGGAGUUAAGGUYGACCUACGAAGGAAGCCACGCAAAGGAUAUAUUAAUGAGAAAGGAUUUGAUCAAGUCGCAACUAUUUCUGACUCUAAACAUUCAGAUCACUUAUUAGGCAACAAACAAUCAAAUUUCCUUAGCUGCACUGGUGGCAAAGACUAUCUUGUAGGAUAUGGAGGAAGUGAUAACUACAUCGUGAAAAAAUCAUGCAAACUGGCAGUGAUUAUUAAUUGGGACUCCGGUAAAAAGGUGGAUCUCUUGCUCUUGGACUAUAAUUUUCAGGAAUUAAGAGGAAAAAAGYACCAUCAUGAUUUUUAYAUAWACUAUGACGUCGUCCAUCCCAAAGUCAUCUUAAAGCACUGGUAUUCGGGUACAAGAUUUCAGCAUCUCUGGAUGCGCACAAGGGACGGGAUUACUGUAAAAAUUAGUAACACUACAAACGCUUUGAUUCCAGUAGAGAUAUCAAAAGAUCCUGUGGAAUGCCAAUGCAAGSAAACAGAUUGUCAGAGAACUGUCAUCCAAUACGAUCUAAACGAAGAUCCUUGGAAACAUGUAACACGUUUCCAGCUUAAUUCAAGCUAUUGCAGCUACAGAAUCAAAGGCAAUGAUUUGAAUAAUUACAUUGAUCCUGGUUCUGGUAAUGGUUACAAUUUUCAACAUCUCGAGGGACGAGGGGGCGCAGAUACGUAUGUUUUAAAACAUGGUUACGGAGAGUUCAACAUCAUAAACAACUAUGCCAAAGAUAAAAAGAAAGAUACUCUAAAACUUGGUUUAGAACUAAAUGAUAUCCAAWUUUUUUUUCAUGGAAGUUUUGAUGUAAUGCUAACUUCCAAAGCUAGACCAAGUUCACUGGCUGUUAGAUUGAAUAAUUACUUCCUAGGUUCAGAAUACCAGCACCUUCAAGUGAUCACAAGUGAUCAGGUCACUUUUGAAAUAAAAAAAGAAGAUCCUUUCAUGAAGAUAAUCACCUUAGAUUUGUCAAGRUUUGAUUCCCCUCAAUCUUUAUCGUCGAAAGAAAUGCAACUUGCAUCCCAGGCUCAGACGUUGCAAGGUGUAGAUGAUUUCUCUAACACAAUCAAUGGUACUGCAUCUUCAAAAGARAUUGAUGGUGGAUCAAAGGAUGACAUAAUCUCUGGUGGACCUGCCGAUAACAUCAUCGAUGGUAAAGGAGGAAACGACAAAAUAUCUGGGAACGAAGGAGAUGACAUCUUAUUUGGAGGAGAUGGAGAUGACACUAUCAAUGGAGGAGAUGGAAACGAUUACAUUUAUGGUGGAGAUGGAAAAGAUUCAAUAGAUGGCGGCCCUGGAGAUGACACAAUGGUUUUUAAAGGAGAUAGUUUUGAAAAGAAAGGAGUYUAUGUUGAUUUGUCAGGAGGGUUUGGAAAGAAUACAGAUGCCGAAGGAGAUACCUACAAAAAUGUUGAAAAUGUCUAUGGAACUAUACAGAAUGAUAUUCUCAUUGGAUCGGAUAGCGACAAUAAUCUUUAUGGUGGUAGUGGCGAAGAUGUUAUUAUUGCCAAGGGAGGCAGUGACAAACUAGUUGGAGGAGAUGGUAGUGACAGAUAUAUACUCGAUGACGCUUAUGGUGUAAAAAUCAUCGACAAUUACUCAGAAGACAAACAAAAAGACACUCUAUCUCUGUCAAAUAUAGAUUCCAACGACAUUUGCAUAUUUCUAGUYGGAAAUGACCUSCAUUUGACUAUAGAGAGGACUUCRCUUAGUAAUGCCCUUUAUGAUUCAAACGAUCUGACRGUUAUUAUCCAGAACUGGAAUGCGAGACAUCAACACAGGCACUUAAAUAUUUUAUUCAAGAACACUUACUGGCCAAAUCACAUACUGRCAUUAGUACGAGAGGACCCAAAUAGGUUYCGACAACUGGGGCCUAUAGUUCGCCAUGUUGGAACAKACCCUACCUUCAAAUUUAUGCCAGGAAAUCCAAACAACGGUGUUGGCCUGUCAUGGAAGCCCAUUGCACCUCUUCUUCUCGACGAGAAAACUCAACUGUCUUUAUUUCACGUUGAUAUCGACAAUCCGAAGAAUAUCGGAACUACAGAGAUCGCAGGUAAUGCUGUUGACCGAGGUCAGUGGGUUGAUACUUCUCAAAAACUACUCAAAAARGAUAAACACUACAUGCUUGCUUUGUUCCUGAAAUAUUGCUCAAAGGUAGUCGCUUCGUCAUACUCUUUGACAUAUUACGGUCAGAAGAAAUCAUGUUCACAAAUAAGUGUUGAGAACUCUAUGGUCAUUUAUAAACCCCAAGGAUCGUAUUUACAUGGAACAAAGGCUASCCUGAUAUGCAAGAAAGGUUAUAAGCUUAAUAGUAACGAGGUGGCAUACAAGCAGACAUGUCUAGAUGGGAAAUGGCAUCCACAACACCCAACAUGUGUUCUUGAGAUUAGGUGCCCGAGAAGCAACGACCUCACGAAUGGCGUGGUUACAUUUCAAAGAACAGUAGAUGGUUCUGAUAUMGCGCAUUAUUCUUGCGACAAAGGAUUCAAAUUACAAGGAUCACCAAUGCUUCAGUGCAAAGAUAAAGGAAUGUGGUCAGGCGAGAAACCAACAUGCCAAAGAAUGAGUUGUCUUAGGAUACCAAAAGUUAAAAAUGGAAUCGUAACAGAAUGUAAAAGGAUCAGUGAUGAGUAUGGUACAAUGGAGGAGCCCAAGCAAGAUUUCUGUGUCAAAAUAACAUGUAACCCAAAUUACAUCGAAGAAUUUAAAGUUAACGAUCUUGCUACAACGUUUAAGAUAUAUAUAGAACUAGCGAAAAAGCUAAAAGGUCAAUGGUUCUGCAGGAAUGAGAAGUGGAAGGGAGCAGGAGAGCCUAAAUGUGUACCUAGUGUAAGACUGAAUAAACGGGUUUCUAGCUGGCAUGUAGAUCGAGGCAUAUUGCAGCAGUGGGAUGAUUCAAAAAAUCAAUGGAUAGAUAGUCUCAGUGAUGAUACAKGCAUAUACAAACUUGCUUGUUCGAACUCUGUGGGUAUGGAUGAUUACAAUGGCACACCGAAAGUUGUAAGGAAGARCAAUCAACUGGAAGUAUCAUGCCCUAAGAUUCGUUUUGUGGACAAAAUAACRCCGUAUGAAGGGUCUCUUGAAGUUCUGGUUAACAAGAUGUGGCAACCGACAUGUUUAUUGGCUGCARCAGAGGAUGCACAAAAUACACAAAAGCUCAAAUCCGCCUACCAAAYGAUGUGUAAGGAUCUUGGUGUGGAUGCUCAUGAUCCAGGCAUCGCUUAUAUAGGWCAUGGUGCAACUAAUCAAGUUAUGAUGUGUAAAAAAAGUUUCACAAACAUCAAYGAUUGUAUGGUAAAGCCACAUCCGAUGACGGACUGCAUCUACAAGCUACAAUGCCGAAGAAGAUGUGACAAUUCUUAUCCUGUCCCCAAUGCCGAGACRGUAUGCRACGGGAAGUUUGAAGAUGAUCAGUGUGAAGUAAGAUGCAAGCUUGGUUUCAGACUUGCUGGCUCUCGUACAGUGUACUGUAAGAAAGGAGUAUGGUCGAAAUCGAACGGGGAAAUAGCAACUUCCAGGUGUGAUCAGGACCAUGAAGAGACUCACAAGGAAACGAAUGACGUUCUUGAAGAAGUGCUGGAGUCARUCAGCCCGUUCAGCAUCCUCGGGUAGAGGACUAUUCAAAGCCUGCAUGCUGAUUUUAGACCAGAGCCUGUAGAACAAAUACUAAACAGUUUACUGUCAGCAGUCAAGGACCCAAACUAUGGAUUUUUUGCACUUUCARUCAAAAUCUGCGUUUUCUUUGAAAAGUUUCAAAACUAUUUCUUACACUUUAUUGACUUGUGCUUCUCCAUUUUUGCCAUAUACAUUAUAAUUAUUAUUAUUAUUGCUAUAAUUACGAUGAUCUUAUACAUAUAUCUUGAUGUGACUUAUUAUAAAACUCUUGCAUACUCAUUAUGUGA